AUGGACACAAACAAACUUGUUUGUAGACUGAAGUAGCUCCAGUGAGAAGAGCUGUGGUUUGGAGGUGAAGCAGCAGAUACUGCUGAAACUGCAAUAAACUGUACCAUCCUGUGAUUUACUUCUUUGAUGACAAACACGGCCAGUUGGACAGUUACACUGAAAUAAAACAGCUAAAUCUUGGACUAACAUUGGUGCCAGUGCAAAUGGAAAUUAUUUUAGAACCUUUGCUGAUGAGGUUGGGCAGAGGCUAUCAAUUACUAACAGACAAGGAUAUUAAUUUUCAUUGCAAAUGUAUAUCAGCUCCAAAUAUUGGUCUCCUGCGUAACUAGUUUUCUGUCUCGGCUCCCAAUAAGUGAUAUCAGUCGACCCCAAGUUCGACUGCUUCAUAACCUUAACCACAUUAUAAUUAUUGCUUUAGUGUGACCAUGUCUGUACAGGUCUUCCAUUUGAACCUAAACCCUUGCUGUAUCAUGUACUGUAGUGUUAAUUAGUACAUAAUGAACACAUUAGACUGUGCAGUUGAAUUUGGUAAAUAUUAGACCUGCUAAACAUCACCACAAUACUAUAAGCAUGCUAUGAUACGCAUCAUGACUUCUAUUUUUAAGAAUUUUCAGAGACUAAGUACAUCUAUGUGAGCACACCAAUGAAUUGGAUCAAUGCUCAGAGGUACUGCAGGGAGCGCUACACAGACCUGGCCAGCAUGAGGAAUGAAUCCGAGAGGAACAAAAUGAAGAUGCUGGUGAAGAAAUCUGCAUGGAUCGGCCUGUACAGAGUGGCGUGGAAGUGGUCUGAUGGUCAGAUCAUGGACGUGACUUCAUUCCAGAAAUGGAGUACGGGCCAGCCAAAGAAAAUCAAACAUUACUGUGUGACCACGACUCACGGUGGAUGGAAUGCACGGCCUUGUAGUGACAAAUAUGCUUUUGUCUGCAGGGUGAGGAAACAGGUGAGAGUUAAGGUGAUGCUGAAAACAUCAGACUCCUCUGUGGACCUGGAAGACAUGCAGGAUGCGAUCUUGCAGCAGUUCAGCCAGAGACUGAAGGACCAUGGCAGGAGUGAACAUGUCAACCUCAAGUGGAUGAAGCAGCCUGAUGGAAAGACCUUCCAAUUAAAAGAAAGUGAGGAGAAGAAAAAAAAAAGAAGUGACAAAUGAAAAAAAAAACUGCAUUCACAAACAAUGUUAUUUUCAUGCCUCCAACAGAAUUGAUGAUGUUAGUAGUUAUUUAGAAAGAAUGUUGGCUUAAAUGUUAGAAGGAUCUUUACCCUGGUGGCUCCUGAUGAUGAGAAGCAGAAGAUCUCUAAAAUAUCCAAGUGUCUUCAGUUCAGAUUUCUUUUUUUGCUUUUUGCAAAAUGAUUAUAAGUGAACUAUCUUUCACUUUAAAAAUGUUGGCAAUUUUAAGUGAAAGCACGUUUAACAUUACUUAAUGUUUAUUGUUGUCAAAUAAUUUAAGAUAUUUUAAUAUUUCACUGCUUAUAUCUUUUACUGGUUCAUAUAAUUACAGAAAAAAAAUUUACUCUUUCUUAAUUUUACUGCUAUGUCAACUUACGUUUUGAUAAUGAUUCCUUUUUCUCUUCUUAGAAACUUGUAAUUGGGUGAUUUUUCUUUUCCAUUUCAGAGGCAAAUGUGUUUACUUGCAGCAUAAAUCUACUCUAAUGGUAACUGACACCAGCAGAUGAUUGAUAAACAGAGGUGGGAUAUCUUCAGUGAUAUGUACAAUAAUAUAUCAGCAACAUUACAUUACAUACACUAUUACAUACUGCAUGAUAUCACUGUAAAAAUAUCAACUUAGGUUAUGUUCUUUGGUAUUAAUGGCUGCUUUUGGUUGUUUAUUUGUGGUAAAACUAAUUUUCAGAGCUCAUUUUAAAGGCCCAUUGAAACCAUACUGUCAAUUUUCAGAACCAGGCUUAAAUCAGAUAUCAAAACAAUUCAUCUUUUUUGGGUUAUCUCAGUGUUAAAUUAGUUGAUCGAUUUCAAAUCAGCCUCAGUUGUUUAUCUUGUUCAGACAAUCAGAGCUUAAAAUUGUGAGUUCAACCUUUUUACUCGAAAUGUUGACUUGAGUUGACACAAAUAAAACACUUUAGGAUUCAUUUAGUAUGAACUGCUAUUCUUGUGAAAGCUACCUAUUUUCAGAUUUGACUUCAGUUACAUGAUGGGAAUUUGAAGUGUGUCUCCAAUUAGAUUUAAUUUCUAUGAUGCUGUAAAACAUUAAAACCAUGAUGAAGAAAAUGGACAAAUUAAAAUGAGUCGCCUCAAAGUUUCGUCAU